AUGAAAUCACACAAAAUCCCAUCUCCCUGCAAUUACCUUAGCACAACCCGAUGUGUCAGCAGCAUUGCACGAGAUAGCCAGACAAUGCGCCUGCCGGAUGGACGCACUCUGGGAUUCGCUGAAUGUGGUCGAAAUGGAGAUUAUCCGCUCAUGUUCAUGCACGGAUAUCCGUCUUGUCGCCUUGAAACCCUCGGAAUGGAUGAAAUAGCCCAUCGCCACAACAUUCGCAUCAUCACACCCGACCGUAAUGGUUACGGCCUGACGACCUUCAAUCCAAACCUUCGUAUCCGGGACUGGCCAGCUGAUAUCCAAGCACUUGCUCGCCAUCUUAAUUUGGAGCGUUUUGCUAUUCUGGGUGGCUCUGGGGGUAGUCCAUAUGCCUUGGCAUGUGCACAUCUUCUGCCUCACAACACACUCUCGGGGGUGGGAAUUAUGGCUGGUGCAGGGCCUUGGGAGGCGGGUGCUCACCACAUGUCUCUUCCACAUCGUAUCAGUGCUCUAGCAGCGCAUUAUUGGCCACUGGGAUAUGGAGGACUAUUGUCUUGGUUGGUCUGGAUGCUCAGGCGGGCACUAUCCUCGCCUUCGGGAGCCCGGCGGAUUGAUAAAUGGCUAGAUGAUCGCAGCAGCAAGCUUGACUCUAAAGAUGCGACCAACGUGCGAAGAGAAGUUAUAGCUCGCCAGGUACUCGAAGCAUUUCGUCAGGGCACGGCUCCAGCUGUGCAUGAUGCUCAACUGUUGACGUCGAUUUGGGGCAUCGAAUUUGAAGACGUCACUUACGACAAGGUGAGAAUAUGGCAUGGAGCUCAGGAUGCGAAUACGCCAGUACAAAUGGUCCGCUAUAUGGCAGAGCGAUUGCCCCACUGUGAACUACAGGAGUUCAAGGAUGACACACAUUUUACUCUGCACCGUCACCUUGAUCGGAUUUUGACGGAGUUAGUCCCAGAGCACUCUCGUACCCCAAUUGAAUUAACGGACAGAUGA